ACUAAGGUGCAAAGAACUUUUUGCGGUUUCUGUAUGCAACCGGUACGCUUCUAACGACGAAGCCAAGAGUGAGCCGGAUGGAUGCUGGACUUCGGUGAGUGACCGCAGCAAAUGGCUCCAGGGGGUAGCUAUGCUGAAGGGAAUCCUGAACAGGGCGACCCUCAGAGCGGCUUCCAGGAAAAGCAUCAGGUGGAACACAACUAUGAAGAUGAGAGGCCUCCCCCUGGCCCCCUGAAUUUACGUCUGAGCAGUCCGCAACCCAGCCGUGCCGUCGAAUACUGUCAUUUGGCGCACAAUCUGCGACAGCUACUAUAUCAACGUGGUCAAUUUGAGUGUCCGCCGCAAGUUUCUGAACGGUACGAGGUUACCAAUCGAGUGCUCAGCCUCUUCAAGACGUGGCUCUAUCAUGUCAUGGACGCGAAGGGACUUCGAGAGGCACUCCACGGGGCACCCUCAUUUCGGAUGCGUCAGUUUGGGUCGUUGAGGUUGGGUGUGCAGGACGUAACUUCUGAUAUUGAUCUUUGUUUCGUUGGCCCUCGCUGGAUAAGCCGUGAAGAGUUCUUCACAAGUUUCCCCAAGUUGUUAGAACAGUACCCUCAUGAAUUUACCAAGUUGAGUGUUCUUCCGCUGGCCUUUGUACCCGUGAUUCGCGUCACCUGUCGAAACUUCGGAAUAGAUAUUGUCUUCGCUCGUGCAGAAGUUGACGAGAUCUCCCGAGAGCUGGACCUUCUCAGCAGCUCUACUAUCGAAAGUUUGGUAACAGACAUUCGCUGUAUACGCUCGCUGAAUGGAUACAGGGUAACUGAAGUUGUCUUAAGGUUCGUGCCCCGCUAUCGCGUGUUUCAGCUGGCCUUAAAGACUAUUCGCUUCUGGGCGAAGUGUCAUAAAAUAUAUUCUCAUACACUAGGUUACCUUGGUGGGAUAUCAUGGGCGAUACUUGUGGCGAAGGUCUGUACAAUAUACCCGAAAGCAGGUGCUGCUCGUAUUGUCAACAAGUUUUUUCUAGUGAUGUCACAGUGGAGAUGGCCAGAGCCUGUCAUGCUUCUUCCUGAAGGAUACGGUGCCAGCCCGCAUCUUUGGUCGGUGACCCAGAUGCCCUGGGACAUCAUGCCAAUCAUUACUCCAGUUUAUCCCCAGCAGAAUUCAAGCUUUAACGUAUCAAAAAGCACUCUACUCGUGAUGAAGAACGCGUUUACGGAGGGUCUUCGAAUUUCCGACGCCGUUCUCUUAGAAAGUGUCGACUGGGGGAAACUUUUCGAGCCCGUGGAUAUCUUCUUGCUUUAUGAGCACUUCGUUAUACUUCAGACUGUACGACAUAACACAGACGGUGACGACAAGGAACUUUGGGUGAUUUCAGUUGAGCGCUGUAUGAAAAAAUUCCUGAAUGGUAUCGAUCAGUGUCAGCAAUGUCCUGUGGAAUAUUUACACGUUAGCCCGGAUUAUUCUAUGCGCGUCCAUGAAGAUCACCUCCAAAUAUCUUGGCUAUUCGGGGUGCAGUUUUUACCAGAUGCCGAUCAGCAUUUAGACGAUCUCGAGGAACACACGCAAAGUCUAUUCUCUUCGAUCGUGUCAUCGUUAUUAGGUGGACAAGUUGUCCUCGACGAGCGCGACUUCAUUCGAAGCUUCUUUGUAAAUCGCCACAAUGCCCGGGAGCUAAUGGAGUCUCGAGAUGGAUGGUCAGAAUGAUACAAUCAUUCAUUUAUGGUCAGGACUAGGAAUAACUAAUCAUCGAGGACAUCAUCAUUCGGAGCAGAGGUUCGUCGUAGUCUGAAAGAGACGUGCGAUGUUUAAUUAGCCGUGUGCUCAGGACACAAAUAACAUGUUUAAAAUGAGGUGCACUUUCGUACAUCACGACAUUGGCAAAUAUGAAGGGACAAGUGAAGAUUUAUUUAACUUAAACACUGAAAAAAAAAAUAAUGUGAGGCCUUAUUAACGUGUGUGCACGUAAUUAACAGCCAUAACUAAACCGAUCGUGCGCGAUUGACGUCCUACACGAAAUAAGUACACCUUGACAUGUCAACAAGUCUCUGCUAGACUCAUUUCGCUAUGGUUAGAAAUGGUAAAAAUACACAUGUGGAAAAUGUA